CCCCGCCGAGCCAGAAUUCGCGUCUGCAUACGGCUCCCGGUCUGUCCAUCGGCCGCACAUCGCUUUAUACCUCCGCCAGACGGGCUGGAAUAGCACGUCUAAGCCAGCCGUUCACACUGCCCGGCUUUCUGCAACCACAAACGGGAAGGUGACCGAAAGAAAGGAGAAAAACACCGAAAGAAGAAAGAGGAGGCGACAGGUAUAGGAAUAGGCCACAGGUAUAGGAAUAGGCCACAGAAGUAACGACAAGGCACCAGAAGAAAGGCGACAGGAAAAGAAAGGCGACUGAAAAAAAAAGGCGACAGAAGUCAAGAGUCCCAUACAGAAGUAAAGCCGCAGAUUCAAGAGAAUUCGCCAGAAACAAAGGCGCCACAAACACAGGCGCCAGAUUCAAAACCAAGACUACGCCCGGACCACACCUCGCCGCCAUGGACCGAGACUUCACGUUGGAAAGGCACCUCUUGGCCCGCAGCUUCGCCACGCCCGCGGAAAUCCAGCACAUCCUCGACGCCAGGUACAAAGGCACGGACGCAGGCGACGCCUAUCUCGUGCUUCUACCCACCGCCAGGCCGGAGGGCGCCAAGCAAACCGCCACGCGCGUGCUGUUGGACAGGAACGUCGAAGCCAAGCCCUGUGCAACACGCAAGCACAAUGCCCGUCAGCAGAUGAAGGCGUACAUCAAGCGCACACUCGCCGCACAGAGGCGGCUUGUCGCCAAGGUGCAGCAGGCCCGGCGCACGCUGCUGCCCAUCGACGUGGACCGGCACAUCGCCCAGUACGGCAUCCCGCGGUUCGACGCGUACGUGCACUUGCACGGGCUCUGGCAAAAGUACAUCCAGGACCUUCUCUUCGCGGACCAGAAGAACCCGAACAUGAACAUGGUGAUGCCGCGCUUGGCCACGGCGGACUUCAACGGGUGCUGGCUCCGCGUGGUGGAUGCCCGUGACCGCAACUUGGUGGGGGCCCAGGGCAUUGUUCUCUACGACUCGCAGCACUCGUUCAUGGUGGUGGCGCCGCCCGCCACGGCGUCGACGCGCACGGUGUCGCCGGCCCAGCGGGUGGGCGGCUUGAGGGUGCUUUCCAAGCGGGGCACCAUGUUUGCGUUUGACGUGGACGUGAGCGCCACGGAGUCCGUGGCCUUUACGAUUCUCGGCUCGCGCUUCGAGCUCCGUGCCGUUGACAGGGCGUCCAAGAAGUUCAAGAGCCACGGCGUGGAGGACAUUUAUUAGUGUGGCGCGGCCACACUUGUUUGGGUUUUUCUGAGUGCAUCGAUGGUUCCGCCUCCAGAGGCAGAUCGAAGCCUUAGCCAGUUGCGACCAACUUCAUCUAUAAUAUAUAGAACAGGGAUGAUGAUGAGGCAGAUUGAAGCCUUAGGCCAAUAACGACCAUUCCACUUCACUAAUAAUAUAUAAACCAGGGACGUCUUUUGUUCUAUCCCGU